UUCUUUUUCUUUUAUUUUUUAAAAUGCUUUCUUUUUCAUCUAAAUUUGCUCUGUUUGGAGUUUGUCGUGGGUUUUACCAAAACAAGCAAGGAUGAGGUUUUCUUAAUAAUAAGGUGAUACAUGGGUAAAAUUUUGUUUCUUUAAAUGGGUGGUGGGCUUCCGCUUCCAAGAGCUUUUUUAUUCAAGGUGAAAGAGAGGGAGAGAGAGAUGAAUAAGGAAAGGUGGUGUGUGUGGGUGCUUACUGCCUUGGUUGUGACUAACAAGAUAACCUAGAAAUAGAAUCAAUCAAUCACCAAGACAUAAAUAACAUUAGAUUUUGGGUUUUUUUCCUAUUUGGUAAGAUUUCCAAAUCUCCCUUUGGCUCUUUUCUUAAAUGGAAUUGAACAGCAUUUCUUAUGGUUUUCCUUGUUUUCUCUGGAUCAAUCAACAACCACUCUUAUCUCCAUAAAUUCUUAUUGGGCUUUCUGGGUCUUGAUAGGAAUCCUCAGAUUUCCUUAUCCACCUUCCUUUUUUGGCUGAUCUUCUUCAUCUUCUCCUCCUUAAAAGCUUUUCUGGGGUUUUGCCUGCUGUUUGGGUUUGCGGUGUUUGCUCACAAAAUCUCAGAUUUCUGUGCUUCCUCUCUUUACCUAAAGAGGCUUUCUGGGUAGCCUAUUUGAAAUGGUGAGAGGAAAGACUCAAAUGAAGCGCAUAGAGAACGCCACAAGCAGGCAAGUCACCUUCUCCAAGCGGCGAAAUGGGUUGCUGAAGAAGGCCUUUGAGCUGUCGGUUCUUUGCGAUGCGGAGGUUGCCCUUAUCGUCUUCUCUCCUAGAGGGAAGCUCUAUGAAUUUGCAAACUCUAGCAUGCAGGAAACAAUUGAACGUUAUCGUAGGCAUGUGAAAGAUGAUCAAAUUGACGAGAAGAAAUCAGAUGAAAACAUGGAGCUACUGAAGACGGAAGCAGCGAACAUGGUGAAGAAGAUAGAGCUCCUUGAAAUUUCAAAAAGGAAACUACUGGGAGAAAGUUUGGAUUCCUGCACUGUUGAAGAAUUACAGCAAAUUGAACAACAGUUGGAGAGGAGCGUAAGCAGCAUCAGAGCAAGAAAGAAUCAGGUUUUCAAAGAACAAAUUGAGCGACUAAAAGAAAAGGAGAGCCAAUUGGCAGCUGAAAAUGCAAGGUUAUCUGAAAAGUGUGGUGUCCAACAAUGGGAAGGCUUGAAAGUGGUGGGAGAAACUCGAUACUGUGAAGAAAGUAGCCCAGUUUCAGAUGUGGAGACUGAACUGUUCAUUGGACUACCAGAAACAAGAACCAAGCGCCAUCCUCCAAGAAACUGAAUGAUGGUUGGCAAAACCAUGCCACUACUGAAUACAAAAGCAUUAGUAACAAGCAACAAUAAGGGCAACUGUAUGGUAAUGGUAAUAUAUGUUAUUUGUUGAAGAAACUUUGACAGGAACUUCAUUGACGUAAAGGUACAAGCUAGCUACUUGAAUUAUAUUUAUUACAUGUAAUUACAGUUCUCCAUAUUCUUUCUGCUACCUUUCUUCUAGAUACUACCGUGCUAUUAUCGGUAUAUAUUAGAAUUUUGUGUUUUGAACAA